UUUCCUCCGCUGUCCGAGGAAGGACGACCUUCGCCCCCCGGGGUAGAGAGGGGGCAGCCUGGCCCGGACACUCCGCAGGCACGGCGCAGCCGGCGCUCCGCCAGACCCAGCCAGCCAGGGAGCGAGCGGAGCGCCGCCCGACCCCCGGACCCCCGUCGCCCACCGCGGACCCCGGCUCCUUUCGCCAUGUCCAGCAGCUCCAACGUCGUCGCCAUGAGGAAGGUGGUGCAGCAGCUGCGGCUCGAGGCCAGCCUCCACCGGGUGAAGGUUUCUCAAGCUGCUGCGGACCUGAAACAAUUUUGCCUGCAAAAUGCCCAGAAUGAUCCCCUGUUGACUGGGGUAUCUUCCAGCACUAAUCCCUUCCGGCCCCAGAAAGUCUGUUCAUUCCUGUAGCAAGAUGAUCUUAUGCUACUUGGGAAGGAUCUCUGAAUCCAGUCUUCAUAUGUGGAUCUGUGACGUGUUGUGAUGUUUUGUGAUGUGAAUUGUGACUAUUCAAAGGAGAGAGAAUUCUGAAGCCUGCACAAAAAUUUAAUCAAUAUAUGUGUAACAAUGUGCCAAGUUAAUCAUCCAAAUUUCAACUUGUGUCAGACUUUCUCAUCUACCUCUCCGAAUUUUCAUUCAUUUCUGUUUUGUACACUGGCAAGAAUACAAUAAAGUAUUCAGAUGAAAAUCA